ACUAAGGGCGGGAGCCCUGUGAGGGCACAGGCAGCUUGUGUUGGCUGAGGUCGUCUUCGAAGCUUGGUGGAGCUCGCCAUGCCGAACCGCAAGGCCAGCCGUAAUGCUUACUAUUUCUUCGUGCAGGAGAAGAUCCCUGAAUUACGACGGCGAGGCCUGCCUGUGGCCCGCGUAGCUGAUGCCAUCCCUUACUGCUCCUCCGACUGGGCACUCCUGAGUGAGGAAGGAAAAGAGAAAUAUGCAGAAAUGGCUCGAGAGUGGAAGGCUGCCCAGGGAAAGGACUCUGCACCUUCUGAGAAGCAGAAACCUAUUUCCACACCACUGAGGAGGCCAGGCAUGCUUGUACCAAAGCAGAAUGUUUCACCCCCAGAUAUGUCAAGCUUGUCUCUAAAAAAUGAUCAAGCUCUCCUUGGAGGCAUUUUUUAUUUUUUGAACAUUUUUAGCCAUGGUGAGCUGCCUCCUCAUUGUGAACAGCGCUUCCUACCUUGUGAAAUUGGCUGUAUUAAAUACUCUCUCCAAGAAGGUAUUUUGGCAGAAUUCCACAGUUUUAUAAAUCCUGGGGAAAUUCCACGAGGAUUUAGGUUUCAUUGUCAGGCUGCAAGUGAUUCUAGUCACAAGAUUCCCAUUUCAAACUUUGAGUCUGGGCAUGACCAAGCAACUGUGUUACAAAACCUUUAUAAAUUUAUUCUUCCAAACCCAGGGAACUGGCCACCUAUCUACUGCAAGUCUGCUGAUAGAGCAAGAGUCAACUGGUGUUUGAAGUAUAUGGCAAAGACCUCAGGAAUCAGGCAUGAUCUAGAGCUACUUACUGUGGAGGACCUUGUAGUAGGAAUCUAUCAGGAAAAAUUCCUCAAGGAGCCCUCCAAGACCUGGGUGCGGAGCCUCCUAGAUGUAGCCAUGUGGGAUUAUUCUAGCAACACAAGGUGCAAGUGGCAUGAAGAAAAUGAUAUACUCUUCUGUGCUUUAGCUGUUUGCAAGAAGAUCGCGUACUGCAUCAGUAAUUCUUUAGCCACUCUUUUUGGAAUCCAACUCACAGAGGCUCAUGUACCCCUCCAAGACUAUCAGACCAGUAACAGUGUGACGCCCAAAAUGGUUGUACUGGAUGCAGGACGGUACCAGAAACUCAGGAUGGAGAAUGCAGGAUUUCCUCAUUUCAAUUCUUAUAAUCAGGAACAAAGAUCAAACAUACACACUGGUGACUACCCAUCUGGGGUGAAAAUUCCUGGCCAAAACAACAGUGCUCGUGGACGAGGCAUUACUCGAUUGUUAGAAAGUAUCUCCAAUUCCUCCAUUAAUAGCCACAAAUUUUCCAGCUGUGAGACUUCACUGUCAGCUUACAUGUCCCAAAAGGAUGGAUACAAAUCUUUCUCUUCCUUAUCUUAAUGAUGGUACAUUUUUUUCAAUUUCUGGAAAAAUAGCCCAACUUCCCUUCUCACAACAGUCAUUAAACAGAUUACAUCAAUGAUCAUCAUAUCAACAUGACUUAAAAAUGACUUAAUUUUUAAAAUGUCUGUUCCAUAGAUAGAAAAUAAUUGUGGUUGCAGAAGAACUUGGAUUUUUGUGUUUCUUUCUUGAGGGCUUAUUCUAUUUCCUGACUGUGUGAUGGGAAUGCUAUUAAAGUUUUUCAUCAUAUA